AUAUGUAUAUAUAUCGCAGUCGUUACGCAAAAACUACUAGGCACACAUUUGCCAACUACCACUGCCUUCAAAACUUUUGCCUUACCCUCCAAUCUCCAUAAGAGAAGCCACAACCUCACAGCUCACAUACUCACACCUCACACCCUCACACCCUCACACUCAAAACCUAAAACCCAACAGAUUAAUUGUUCUUUUGAUAUGUCAGGUGUUCUUCUUUGGGUGGUGAGCCCCAAAGAGAAUGCCAGCUCCCUGCUGGGUCUGAUGCCCAGAAUUUGCACCCCAAGGAGGUCUAAAUUCUGCCCAAAGCUGGGAUUUUCAAGUAGGGUUUUGGCCUACUCGGGUGCAGUUGUAAACCCAGCAAGAUCUGCAGAAGAGAAGGUGUAUCAAGUGGUGCUGAAGCAGGCUGCGCUGGUGAAAGAACAGAGCACGGUAAAAAGGAAAUCUUUGGAUUUGGAUGAACGGAUUGUGACUGAAGGUUUGGACAACUGGGAUUUACUGGAUAAGGCUUAUGAUCGGUGUGGUGAAGUCUGUGCUGAGUAUGCCAAGACUUUUUACCUGGGCACAUUACUCAUGACACCGGAGCGGCGACGAGCUGUUUGGGCAAUCUAUGUGUGGUGCAGAAGGACAGAUGAACUAGUGGAUGGACCUAAUGCUUCAUACAUUACACCCAAAGCUCUUGACAGAUGGGAGAAAAGACUGACUGAUCUCUUUGAAGGCCGACCUUACGAUAUGUAUGAUGCUGCUCUAUCUGAUACUGUCACCAAGUACCCUGUUGACAUUCAGCCCUUCAGAGACAUGGUAGAAGGAAUGAGAUUAGACUUGAGGAAGUCAAGAUACCAGAACUUUGAUGAACUUUACCUUUACUGCUACUAUGUUGCUGGAACUGUUGGAUUGAUGAGUGUUCCGGUAAUGGGGAUAUGCCCAGAAUCAAAGGCCUCAACAGAAAGCGUUUACAAUGCUGCAUUGGCCCUUGGAAUUGCUAAUCAGCUCACUAACAUUCUCAGAGAUGUUGGAGAAGAUGCUAGGAGAGGAAGAGUAUAUCUCCCCCAAGAUGAGCUUGCCCAAGCCGGCCUAUCAGACAAUGACAUCUUUAACGGGAAGGUGACUGACAAGUGGCAAAGUUUCAUGAAGGGACAAAUAAAGAGAGCUAGGAUGUUCUUUGAUGAGGCUGAGAAGGGUGUCUCAGAGCUCAACUCAGCUAGUAGAUGGCCAGUAUGGGCAUCUUUGUUGCUGUAUAGGCAGAUUCUAGAUGCAAUUGAAGCAAAUGGUUAUGACAAUUUCACAAAAAGGGCUUAUGUGGGAAAAGCAAAGAAGUUUGUAUCAUUGCCUGUGGCCUAUGGAAGAGCCAUUAUAGGACCCUCUAACUUAACUAAGCAGUUGGUGCCUAGAUGAAUUAGAUGUUUAAUUAGAUGAUAUUUGAACUCUCAAUCUCUAAAUUUUUGACAAAGUCCAACUUGAAGUUGGGUCUCAGGUCGAAAUAUGUAAAUUUUUUAUACUAAAUUUUUUUUGUUUAGUCAAUCUUUUAAUUACCUGUGUUUGGAUGAUGGAUAUAAAAGUAGGAAUUAGUGGUAGAGGUUAAUAGAUGUGUGGUGAGAGUGGUCGCCAUGGAGUGGUUGAUAGAUGUGUCAGUGGCGGUAGAGUGUCUACUAGUGAUAAGGUGGUAGCAAUUGUGGUUGUGGCAUUGGCGGUGGUGAUGGUUGUGGGAGGUGGUGGUGACUGUUGAUGGUGGAUAUGAUCGGAAUGAUGGUGGCAAUAACAAUGUCAUUGGGGGUUCAUGGUAGUACUUAUGGUCAUGAGAAUAUGGAUGUUAUGGCAUAGAAAACAACGAUAGUGGUGAGGAUGGUUGCACCGAUAGUUGUGGGGAUGGUGGUGACGACUACGGUGACAAUAACGUCGGAUCUCAUUAGCCAACAUCAAUCAAACUCACCACAGCACUCGCCAACAACAGCACUCGUUCGUUGCCAACCAAAAUUUUUCUCUUUGCUUCUUCUUCUCUCUUCCUCUCUCUUUUCAUACCACAUCCAACUAGAUCUAUUGCAUGCUUGUUUCUUAUGUGGUGUAAAGUUUUACAUGUAAAUAUAAAUUUCUUUAAUAUGUUAAUUAAGUAAAAGAGUUCAUGGACAAUGAAAUUUCUUUUUCUGCUA